AUGGCAAAAGCUAAAGGACAGAUCUGUUUGCAGAUUCUGGAAAAGCAGAAGAAAAUUGCUUCUUUGGAAUGUGAUUCUUCCACUCUUGGUCAGACAUUGGACCUUAUGCAACAAGAAAGACUAAGCCUGGCAGCAAAAUUUGUAGAAAGAAGUGAAUAUUAUACCAAGGUUGCCGAGGACAUUGCUAUGCAACUAAAACAACAGAAGGAGUGGACAAACGCUCAUAAAUUUAGCUCACUGAUUGGAGAGAGUGGCUCGGUAAUUCUCAGAGUACUUCGUUUUCCAGUGAAAACAUGUACUAUUAACUAUUGA